AUGACAGCCGUCGACGAGCAUUACCUGUCAGACUCAGUCUCGGAAUGUGAGACUCUCCAGUACGAUGUGGCCGAGCCAUUCAAGGCCAACGCGAGAGUCAAGCCUAGAACAUUUACCCUCUCAACCACUACAAUCACGCAAAUGAACUCCAGGAAAUACGGAGAACCAGCUGAGAACUUUAGCGUCGACUGGAACAUUUUCGAAGACCCCAAUUUUACAGGCGCCGUUACUCUUACACGUGAAGAGCCGGACGGCGUCGACGCUGCCUACUACGAUUCCAAAAUUAACGCAGCCGAGCGAGGCGUCUACAGUAUAACCUGUGCGGGGUCCUCGGGGAGCUCCCAUAAUACGAUUAUGACAACGAUGAAGCAGCUCAGUCUGACACCAGGUCUUGGUAACUUUGGUCUCAAGGAUAGUCUCCUGCGUGGCAAGUGGAACAUCCAGCCUCUGAACAAAGAAGGCAAAUACAAGAAGCUAGCGACGCCUGCAUUUGCUCUCAAGCGGGACAAGGACAUGAUUCUUUGGACUGGCGAGCACGGCAAUGAGGUUGCGGAGAGCAUGGUUCUACAAGAUGGCACGCGAGUACUCAUUACAAAGGAGAGCAUACGCCGUAUCGACUUUGACCUACUGAUAGCCUCGUGGGUGGCUCUAAUCUGGCAGUUCCGUGCGUUGGGAGAGUAUGAAGGCAAACCAUUCGACACUGAAUACUUCGCCAAGAGAGAAUCACUUGCGAACGAGGACAAGGGCAUGUCUUCAGCUAGUGUACGAUCGGCAAUUAACGGGAAGGCUAUGUUUUAA